AUGUCACAUGUGAGAAACGUCGCUAUCGUUGGAGCGACUGGUUCUGUUGGCAAGUUCAUCGUGGACGAGCUCCUCAAGGCUGGCAAGCAUAAUGUCACUGCCAUCACCCGUGCCAACAGCGAUGUCGCCAUCCCAGCAGGCGUCAAAGUCGCAAAGGUGGAUUAUGAUGAUCACUCAUCCCUUGUCAACGCCCUGGAGGGCCAAGAGGUCCUCAUCAUCACCAUGAGCGUGCGCGCCCCACCCGAGUCCCAGAUAAAGCUCAUCGACGCUGCCGCCGAGGCCGGCGUUCCCUUUGUCAUCCCCAACAACUGGGGCUGCGACAUGAGCAACGACAAGCUCGGGGACGACAUCUUCCUCGGAGAGGGGAACCGCGCUGUGCGCAAGCACAUCCAGGACCUGGGUAAGAGUUCAUGGAUCUCCAUCGUGUCCAAUUUCUGGUACGAGUUCAGUCUCGGCGGGUCACCUGACCGCUAUGGGUUUGACUUUAAGAACCGCACCGUCGUCUUCUUCGACGACGGGAAACAACCUAUCAACACGACCACAUGGCCACAGUCCGGACUUGCAGUAGCGCGGCUACUUUCACUGCCUAUCGAUGGUGAGGGCCAGACACUUUCGAGUUUCAAAAACAAGUUCGUCUACAUCUCUUCCUUCUGUAUCAGUCAGCAGGACAUGUUUGAGUCCGUCCUGCGCGUGACGGGAACCAAAGCAGAGGACUGGAAGACCAGCUACGAGAACUCGAAGGAGAGGUAUGAAGGAGGUGUCAAGAUCAUGAAGGAGGGUGACUUGCGAGGAUUUGCCAGAGCCAUGUAUACCCGUAUGUUCUACCCGGACGGAUCCGGAGUAUACGAGCAGAAAGGCUUACAGAAUGCCUUGCUUGGACUUCCGACGGAGGACCUUGACAAGUUCACCAAGAUUGGUAUCGAGAGACAGGACAUAGUGUAUUAA